AUGGGGCGAUUCAAUUACUCCUCAAACCGAGAGCUUCAUGUCGUGGUCCUGGGCGCCGGCGGGGUUGGAAAGAGCUGCUUGACUGCCCAAUUUGUACACAACGAAUGGAUUGAAAGCUACGAUCCAACCAUUGAAGAUUCAUACCGCACUCAGAUACAAGUCGACGGUCGUCAAGUGGUCCUAGAAAUUCUGGACACCGCCGGCACCGAGCAGUUUGUUGCAAUGCGCGACUUGUACAUGAAGACGGGUCAGGGCUUUCUCCUAGUUUUCAGCAUCACGUCACCAUCUUCGCUGAGCGAACUCGCGGGCCUUCGGGAAGAAAUUAUUCGGAUUAAAGAUGACGAAAAUAUUCCCAUGGUAAUCGUUGGUAACAAAGCAGAUUUGGAAGACAGCAGGGCAGUGCCGCGCGCCAAAGGCUUCUCGAUAUCACAGCGUUGGGGCGCACCUUACUAUGAAGCGAGUGCUAGGACUCGUACCAACGUUGACGAAGUAUUCAUUGAUUUAUCCCGACAGAUGCUCCGCAAAGACGACGACUAUCUUGGCGCGGCGGACGCAGACGACGGCUUCAAGUUCGACACUACCAAGAGUGGGCAAAAACGACGCCAUAGACUGCGUUUCCGUGAGAAUGGCCAGCCACGCUGCGUAAUUCUAUAA